UGCAUUGAGAGUAUUUCUAAAGUUAUUAAUCUUUUUCUUUCGAAAAUUUAAUUAUCGAAAUGACCGAUAAAGUAGAAUCACCAGCUGCGCCUGCAGUUGCAACUCCUAAAAAGGCUGCAGCUGCAAAGGCAAAAAAGCCACGCGCUAAAGCCAGUCAUCCACCAGCAUCCGAGAUGGUUAAUGCAGCCAUCGCAUCUUUGAAGGAAAGAGGUGGCUCUUCCCUGCAAGCCAUCAAGAAAUACAUCGCUGCCACCUAUAAAGUCGAUGUCGAGAAGCAAGCCCCUUUCAUCAGAAAGUACCUCAAAGCUGCAGUUGCCAAUAAGGCCUUGAUCCAAACUAAAGGAAAAGGAGCUGCAGGAUCCUUCAAAUUGAACGUCACCAAGGCUGAAGGUAAAACUAAGCCCAAGGCUAAGACUCCUGCUGCUAAACCCAAAGCUGCUGCUCCUAAGGCUAAGAAAGCAGCUUCUCCGAAAAAGGCUGUGGCAGCCAAGACCAAGAAAGCUGUUGCCGAAAAGAAGAAGACCCCGAAAGUUGCGGCAAAACCACCAAAGGCAAAAUCCACCGCUGCCAAACCUAAAACCACUAAAGCUGCUCCAAAAAAGGCAAAAGCUUCCCCGAAGAAAGCUGCAGCACCAAAAGCAAAAAAGCCCGCGGCAAAGAAGGUUGCCAAGAAGUAAGAAGGUGAAAAUGUUAUUCUUAUGACAUUUUCAAAUGAUGAUUGUAAACAAACGGCCCUUUUCAGGGCCACCACACGUUUUAUACGAAGGAAUUUGUUUUGAUCUUUAUAACAAUUUAUUUCUAUUUUAUUAUAUUACAAUAACUUCUGUUACUUUUACGGUAUUGCAGUUCACAACGCUUAGGAUUAAAGAAUUUUAGGGAAAGAUAUAAAUAUAUUAAAACUCAGUAAUUAUUUUGUAUGAUUACUAUAAAUUAUGUUGAAGUUCGUAAAUAUUUACUAAAAUUUGAAAAAAAAAAUGUAUUUUAAAACCGGGAGAGGCAAAAAUUCUAAAAAUAGUGGCCAGCCUGGUUAAUUUUCGUCUUAAAAAUAAGUAUUUCUUGCAAAUUAAACAGUUUUUAGAUAAAGCUUAAAAAAUUAUUUGAAUUUGUUGAUUGGUUGUCCACAAUCUACUUGUUGACAGGAAAUCAUGUUUAUGUAUUUCUUUUCGAUAUGUAAUUUAUAUAAGUUUAAUAUUUAAUUUUCAGCUAAUAUUUUUAUUCAAUAAAUAAGUGAAAUAAA